AUGAAUCCAACCUCAUCGAUGACACAGUCAAGGUUUAGCAACAUUAAGCGACCAUCUGGUGGGAGAACGAAGACAGCACAAAAUGCCGAAGUCAUUUCACCCAACUUGGAGGGCAAAGCUCCGACAAAUACGAAUACAAUACUCGUUGCGACUCCUAUAGUCAACACUGCAAAGGAGGAAUACAAGCAGGACAUUAAGAACUUGUAUGAACUGGAAUCCCUCGGUAUCAAAGUGGACAAGGACAGUGACGAAGAAGCAGUUCUGCAGUUUAUGAACAACUACAGAAGCACAAUUUUAACUGUAAAUGGCAGAAUCACAGCUGGAUUCCCAUUUCUGGACAACGUCACUCAGUUGAAGAGCAACUUUAACGUGGCAGUCAAACGCCUUCAAGCCCUAAUUCGGAUACUUCAAAACGACUCGGAAAAAAUGAACCUGUACAACGAAGCACUACAAGAUUACCGGCAUCAAGGAAUCAUCGAAGAAGUUCACGAGCAGAGUACAGCUGGCGUAACCACAUUUUAUUUGCCUCACCGUCAUGUUUGGACGCCGGGGAAAUCCACGCAACUCCGCGUCGUCUUCGACGCGUCCUCACAUGCCAAAGGAGAACUAAGCUUGAAUGAUGUCAUACAUCAAGGGUACUCGCUGACUUCCUGCAUCUUCGACAUCCUACUGAAGUUCCGAACUUACGAUUACACAAUGGUUGCGGAUAUCCAGAAAGCGUUCCUGCAGAUUCAGUUACCUAUUGAACACAGAGACGCGACAAGAUUCUUGUGGAUAAAGGACACAUCUAAGCCUCCCAUUGGUAGUAAUAUCAGAUACUACAGAUUCUGCCGAGUACCGUUCGGAAUCAAUGCUGGACCGGCAAUACUGAAUCAAGCGCUGCUCAAACAUCUUGAGUCAUUCACCAACAACACAUUUCGAGAGAUAUCGGAUAUGCUGUAUGUCGACAACGUUAUACUUGAAGGAAAGAACAAUGAAGAACUCCUCAAGAAGUAUCAUGAAUCUAAGGAAGUGUUCAACAAAGUCGGAAUGAACCUUCGAGACUACCUCUCCAACAGUGCACAAGUCAAUUACAAGAUCCCAGCGCAUGAUCGUGCUACUUCAAAUGACAUAAAAGUUUUGGGUUUGCACUGGUACAGCAACGACGACCAAAUAGGUCUGAUAUGCACUACAAAAUCGUUUACAAAAACGACCAAACGAUAUGUCCUCAGCCAAAUCAAUGGACUCUGCUUCGAUCCCUUAGGACUGCUGACACCUUUGCUUACCACGGCAAAAACGUUUCUUCAAGACUUACACAAGAAGAAACUGGCUUGGGACGAUCCAUUGUCAAAGGAAGACAGCGAUACCUGGGAUGCAAUCAAGAAAAACAUGGUCCACUUCUCCAUCCAACUACCUCGACGAGUAACACAGCAAGAAGGAUGCACAUCCCGUACGCUUUCAAUGUUCGUCGAUAGCUCAAAAAGAGUCUAUGCUUGUGUUGCUUACAUCACAACGGACACACAAGCUGGAGAGCGCUAUACAAGACUAUAUUGCGCAAAGUCAAAAGUGGCCCCCAUUGGAACAACUCAAACGAUACCAAAGCUCGAACUGCUAGCCAUAUUUAUCGGAAUGAAUUUGCUGGAAUACAUUGUAACCAAGAGCGGACUGAAAUUUGACAAAAUCAAUUUGUUCAGCGACUCUACCAUAGCGCUCGCCUGGAUCCAUUCCAAAAAACGACUUUCUUUUCUUGUUGCCAACUUGACACAGAAGAUACAGCUGACUAGAGAACGCCUUGAACAAUACCGGCAUGUCCAAAUUUACCAUGUCCCCACAGAAGAGAAUGUUGCUGAUCAUGCAACUCGCGGGAUUUCACACGCAGAAGCUAGCAAUCAUGUAUGGUUCAAAGGACCUCGAUGGCUCAAUGAGCAGGAGCAACAUUGGCCUGUUCGUCAAAUAGAACAGCCAAGUCAAGCAGAAGAAGAAGACUCUCUAGCAAUAAUGGCCACUAUGGUAACACCUCUCACCCUGACAAGGCAACCAAGAAUCUGGCCUACUGAAGCAGUCAGUGGCUAUGACAAGCUCAAAAGGAUUGUUGCUUAUUCCUUACGAUUUGUACGCAAAAUCAGCAAAGGCAAACUCUAUCAACUUGACGAGCACUGCGAAACGUUCAGCGGCAUUCCGAAUGCCCAAGAGUUGAUAAUCGCAGAACGCCACCUACUUCGAGAGGAGCAACAGCAGUCCGAUCUGCAAUCCUUCAUAAACAGCUGCAAAAACAAGACCAUCAAGGAAGACCUGCAUGGGAUUACUAGGAAAUUUGGCCGCUUGCAAAACUCGGAUUUGAACUACGACACUAUCAAUCCAAUUUACCUUCCUCGCAAAGGACUACUGAACGCUAGAAUUGCGGCGCAGCUACAUAAAGACUUGUUUCACUGCGGCGUCAACCAGCUAUGGAACUUCAUUCCACCAGCUUCUUCAUGGAUGGGAGGAGCAUGGGAAAGAAUGGUUGGGACUGUCAAAAGGGCCUUGCUCAAAACGAUAGGAAGACGGAAGAUCUCAGAAGAAAUUUUUUCCACAGUCCUCUGCGAGAUUGAAGCUGCAGUAAAUUCACGACCAUUAACGACAAUCGGAGAAGCUGCUGACAUCGAUGAAGUACUUCGCCCAAUCGACUUUGUGUACAAGAACAUUCGACAUGGCAUAGAAGUCAUACGACAAGAGGAACAACAUCAGGAAGACCCUCCAUACCAACCUACGCCAGAAAUUUCAACACAACUGGACGCAAAGAAGGCCAUUUCUGAUGCAGAGAAACUUACCAACAAGUUCUGA